CCAUCACCAGCAGCAUCCGUAGUGCAGAGUAGUGUGCAGCGAUCGGUCGGCUCGCGAAUACACAUAUAUACGAAGAGUUGCGCGUAGAAACGGCUCGAGCGGAGCUCACGUAUAAGCGAUCAUAUACUUGAGCGAUCGGCAGAGUCGCAACUGCACCCCACCUCGGCCGCGCGCUCGAGCUUCGGCAAAAAUGGAAAAUACGCAUAUGUAGCUCGUGUGUGUGUGCGCGCGCGAAUGUGUGUACGCGUAUAUAGCACUCGCGCGACUGAUUAAAAAGAAAAAAACUUUCUUUGCUUUCUCAUUUUUCUGCCUCGCGCCGUUUCGUGUCUGCGCGAGCGUCUGGGACCGGCCUCCGCACUUGGCGCAGCGUCAGCCACAACAGCAGCAGCGGCGGCGGUGCAAAAACGCACGCAUAGGCGCAGCAGCGAUCGAUAUAUAUUUUCAUAUAUACGCACGAGCCGCGAAAGUCGACGCCGAGCCGAUAACGAGCCAUGGGACAAAAGACAUAAUCGUACCACGUACUUGCAGCAGUUGGCUUUUAGGCAGCGAUUUUUCUGAUCGGUGCGCGUCCACACCUUCGCUUUCAUCUCCGCAUCUACUCGAGCCGAGUAGUAGCAGCCGCUUAUCUAUCGACACGAGCCAGCUCGUCCAGUCUCGCACACAAUGGCCUUGAUAAUUCGUCCGGCUCGCUUUCUGAGCAACUUCGCCUUCAGAGCCCUGUCCACUCAGACCCAGACGAAGAUCCGCCAAUCCGAAGACAGACAGAGCCAACAACAGCAGCAGCAGCAGCGAGAGGUCGUGCUCAAGUACCUCGACGGCAAGGACAACGGCAUCGUCGUUCUGGGCCUGAAUCGGCCCGAGUCGCGCAACGCCUUCGGUCGGCGACUCGUCGACCAGCUCACCGAGGCGAUCGAGCACGUGAAGAAGGACGACAAGGUGCGCGUGCUCGUGCUCAGGAGCCUCGUGCCCAAGUGCUUCUGCGCCGGGGCCGAUCUGCGCGAGAGGUCCCACAUGCAGCCCCAGGAGGUGGCCAGCUUCGUGUCCUCGCUCAGGAGCCUCUUUCACAGGAUCGAGGUCAUCAAGGCCCCCGUCAUAUCAGCCAUCGACGGUGUGGCGCUCGGCGGCGGACUGGAGAUGGCCCUGGCCUGCGACCUGAGAACCGCAGCGGCCGACGCCAAGAUGGGCCUCGUCGAGACGAAGCUCGCCAUAAUCCCCGGCGCUGGAGGCACUCAGCGGCUGCCGAGACUCAUCGGGCCGAGCCUCGCCAAGGAGCUCAUUUACACGGCCCGUAUCUUCGACGGCGCGGAAGCCCACCGAUUGGGUCUGAUCAAUCGGCUCGUUGAUCAGAACCGCCAAGGCGACGCGGCUUAUCAGGAGGCCUUGACUCUCGCCAGGGAGAUACUUCCCAAUGGUCCCAUUGGCGUUAGAAUGGCAAAGGAAGCGAUAAACAGAGGCACAGAGGCGCCCAUAGACGAAGCCCUGGAAAUCGAGAAGGAGUGCUACUCGAGACUCUUGGACACGGAGGACAGAUUGGAGGGCUUGGCCGCCUUCGCCUCGAAACGCGCGCCGGUUUACCGAGGGGUGUGAUUCUCGCUAUCGCUCCACGCACGAUCAUUCGUAUCUUUGUACAUUGUUUAUUUAUAAAUAAUCAACUCUGCGCAUUAUUA